AACCAGUGAGGGUACGCUUUUAAGGUACUAUUAGUUUAUUAUAUGUAUGCUACCGGAAAAAAAAAUCGGAUCACGAACACCGUCGCCGGGUGCUCACUAACAGAAGCUUCAUGCCAUGUCGGUAUGCGAAUCCCCAGUCAUUUGUUCAUGAGUUCUUAACAUUAGGUUGUCUGGUAUUAGUUUCUUGUAUCUUACAUAGUAACUUACCUCUUACCAUCUGAAGAACCUCGGAGCCGAGGACACCGAUAACGAUAUGAGUGUAAUCCGCCCCCCCGUGAUCCGCUCGGCGCUCGGCGUGUUGGAUCGCUCGCUCUUCUCCAAGUUGAUCAAUCUCUCCGCUGCCGCCAUUGCAGAUAAGAAGAACAUCUCGGUCUGGAAGCAGAAGCUGCAGAAGGACUGCACGCUCCUGGUCCAGGACAGGAUUCCCGGCGUGGUGCCUCACCCGGAUGAGGACCUCGCGGCGAAGGGCACGAAAUGUCUAUUACUCGACCCCAAGAUUAAAGCUGGAGUGCCCGAAACAUGGACUCCGACUAUCAACGAGGGCGUAGCUAGUAAGGAGAUAGGGGUAAUCCCCUAUGUCUUGCCACUAACCUACGAUUACUGGUCCUACGAGGAUGUAAUGAGAUCGCUGCUCCCCCCAGAUCUACGUGAUGAGCAUGACGGUAUUCCCACGGGCUUCAACCAGGCGGGACAUGUCGCGCACUUGAAUCUAAGAGAGAAGUUUUUACCUUAUAAGAAGCUAAUCGCCAAGGUUUUGCUCGAUAAGAACCCAUCAGUGAAGACGGUCAUUAAUAAGAUCGCUGACGUGGGCAACGAGUCCGAGUUUCGGACAUUCGCCUACGAGGUCCUGGCCGGGCCCGACGAUCUAGAAGUCGAGGCUAGAGAGAACGACUGUAGCUUCAAGUUCAACUAUGCCAAGGUGUAUUGGAAUGGAAAACUAGAAGGCGAGCACAGUCGACUGAUCAAACUGUUCAAACCAGGUGAGGUUGUGUGCGAUGUAAUGGCCGGAAUUGGGCCGUUCGCGGUGCCGGCCGGUAGGAAGGGCGUGUUUGUCUGGGCCAACGAUUACAACCCAGAGAGCUAUGCCUCGCUUGCGCAGAACAUCACCCGGAACAAAGUUAAGCAAUACGUACGACCAUUCAAUCAGGAUGGUCGGAUAUUCAUCACAGAAGCAGCCGAUAUGGUGUACGCAGCAUCCACAAAUGGAGAGCAUGCCGUAUCAAAACUGAAUAGACGAGAGAGGCGCAGCCGACACGCCAACUCGAGCGUUAUCGAGAAGUCAGCGCACACUGUACCGGAUCUCCUGCGCACCCCCAUCCCUCCAACCAUUUCUCAUUUCGUCAUGAACCUCCCUGCAUCGGCCAUCACCUUCCUACCGCACUUCCGCGGCCUGUACGUCGGGCGCGAGCAGCUCUUCGCUCCUCACACAAGCACGAAGCUGCCCAUGGUCCACGUCCACUGCUUCGGGCCCAAGGCAUCUGACGAUGGCAAGUCCCUCGUCGACAUCUGCGAGCGAAUCUCGGUAGAGAUCGGCGUCGGGAUGAAACUGGGCGACGCCGAAAACACCCACGAGGUCUCUGUCCUCGAAGUGAGAGAUGUGGCACCGAACAAACGCAUGUUCUGUGCAUCCUUCAGAUUGCCUGCCGAGGUCGCAUUUGCCGCCCGAAGUUGACCUGAUCGGCGGCUCUCUCAAGAUAUGUAUCAGAGCGCGCGCGAGUAGAAUAACACAUACACGUACAUAUACAUAUACAUAUAGUGUACAUACCCUACCUACAUACAUAGGUACCCUACCAUACCUAGUAGCUUUGGCUUCGACGGGUUACCACUUUCGGCGCUAAGGAGGGUGGGAGGAGGAGCCAGCUGGGAUAUAUGCAAACUCUGCACACCCAUUUUGCGCCAGAAGCAUGUGAAAAAAAAACUUUUUACUUAUAUAAAAAAAAUU